CUCUUCAUGAACCAAAGACUCCAUUUUUCUGCUCCCAAAAUACAAUCAGAUUAUUCUCGUCAGGAUCAUUAGCAGUAGUAGAUAUGGGUAGUGAGAGUUGCAAAUACGUUAUGGAUGUGGAGCUCGCAAUCCAAAGAGAACUAGAAUAUCGAAGGAAGAUUUUCUUGUCACAGUUGCAAUCUGAUGAUCACUUAAAGAAAGAUCCUGCACCGCUGAUGGCGUCAUCAUCAAGCCCAAGUGUAAGACCAAGCAGCAUUCCUACUUCCAAGUCUCUUUCAAGUUCUAGCCCUGGGCUUUCUGGCAUGAAACGAAAUGCAGCACCAAGCGGCGGUCAAAGCCUGCUGCCUCCACAGCCACAAACAUUGAAUGACAACCCCAUGCAUACAAAUCAAACAGAUGUAAUUUUUUGUGCAAUAUGCAACGUGCCUUGUUUUGGUUCCCACAACUAUAAGCAACAUCUAGAUGGUCAAAAACAUAAGGCCAAGCAACAGAAUAUAAUAUCAAGUAGGAAAAAUGUUGGUCGGGGCAGCAAAGAAGCUAACCAGCAGAGGUGGUGCAAGGUGUGUAAUAUUGGUUGCACAAGUUCAGAAUUAUUCAAACAGCACCUAUGUGGCAAAAAACACAAGGUUGAACUAAGAAAGUUAACAAGUGUUCAGAAAGGUAGUGAAGCGAUCCUGAUGCAGCCAAAAUACUGCAAGUUGUGUGAUCUUUGGUGUCCAAACGAAGAUGGAUAUAUGAUGCAUCUUGAAGGUAAACGGCAUAUCAUUCGACAACAUGACAUUGAGAAUUCAGGGCCAAAAUUUGUGGAACUCCAAGAAAAGUGAUGUAGAACAUCACGGGGGCUUAAGCACAUAUUUUAGGCAUAUGCAUAGGUCUACUUAGUACUUCUGCAUAUAUUCCCUUUUGACAGUUUGUGUUUAUAUAUACCUUGGAUAUCUUUGGGUAGUUUGAUAUUUUUUUGUGUGAUGGAGUGGGGAUUAGGACUUGACCUAUAUGAAAUAAAUGAAAACUGAGUUAUCUA